AGAAGAAAGAUAUGGCAAUCGUCCAUGUAGUGAUGGUACCCUUUGUGGCAUUUGGUCAUAUGAUUCCAUUUCUUGAAUUGGGCAUAUCUUUGGCCAAAUCUGGUUCAAUCAAAAUCUCUUUCAUUUCAACUCCUAAAAACAUUGACAAGCUCAAGCCCCGAGUUCCCCCAGCUUUAGACCAUCUCAUCAACCUGGUCGCACUGCCGUGGCCCUCCGUCGAUCUUCCCUUGCCGGCCGGUAUCGAGUCCACCGCCGACAUUCCCCUUGAGAAAAGCCAGUUCUUGAAGAUAGCCUACGACCUUCUAAAACAACCGUUCAAGAAUUUCGUCACCCAAAACUCGCCGGACUGGAUCCUUGUAGACGGCCUCGCUCAUUGGGCAAGUGAAGUCGCCGUGGAAUGCAACAUUCCCAGCAUUCUUCUUUCUAUCUUCUGUGUCGCCACAAGCGUCUUCUUUGGUCCGCCGGAAUAUCUCCAUGGCGACGGCCAAAAACUCCUCCGAUCAUCACCUGAAAGUCUCACGUCGCUGCCUCCGUGGAUAGAUUUCCCCUCAACCCUAGCUUACCCUUCUUGUCAUAGUGCCGGAAUUUUCUUCGGAUUCUUCGGAGAUAACGCCUCGGGAAUACCCGACGCUCAUCGGUUAGCAAAAGUCGCGACCACUUGUAAAGCGAUCGCAGUACGUAGUUGCAGGGAACUCGAAGGCGAGUAUAUAGAUUUGCUGGGGAAAUUAACCGGAAAACGUAUAAUUCCUGUUGGGUUAUUCCCGCCGUCACCGCCAGAGAACCUUAGAGAGAUCGAAAAGGACGAGGCGUAUAAAUGGUUGGAAAAGCUAAAGCCCAAAUCGGUAGUUUACGUGAGUUUUGGCAGCGAAUGGAAAGUGACGAAAGAACAAGUGAAUGAAAUAGCAAAUGGACUUGAGAAAUCUGGUGUUCAAUUUCUUUGGACAUUGAGAACACCCAUUUGGUCCGUCGAGACCGGCGUGGAAGUCUUGCCGCCGGGGUUCGUUGAUCGGACCUCCGAUCGAGGGAGGACCCACAUCGCCGAUUGGUUUCCCCAGAUGGAAAUCCUUUCCCACCCAUCAAUCGGAGGCUGUCUCUUUCAUGCAGGUUAUGGGACGGCGGUAGAAUCGUUACAAUUUGGGCAUUGUUUGAUCACACUUCCAUUGGUGAUUGACCAACCAUUGGUGUCAAGAAUGUUAGUGGAUAAGGGACUAGCUUUGGAAGUGGAGAGGAAAGAAGAUGGGUCUUUUGAUGGGGACGCCAUAGCUAGUGCUUUGAAGCGUGCCAUGGGCUCACAGUCGAAGGAAGCUGGAGAAGAACUCAUAGCUAGGGCAAGUGAAAUUUCUAAGGCGUUGAAUGAUCAGAAAAAGAAUGAUGAAUAUCUUAAUGGUUUGGUGGAGUUUCUCAUAAAUGGGUAAAAUAUCUUAAGUCAUAGUCUUUUGUUUUCAUACCCAAAAACCAAAUUAAACACAAUGAUCAUGUGAGCAUGUUGUUUGUAUUUCUGGAUGAAUAAACUAAAAUUAAAAUGUUUUUCAUUUUUAGUAUUUUUAAAAUAAUAAUAAUAAUUGUAAGAGUCAUAUGAUAAUCAAGAGAUUUGGGUGAGAGACUUUUUUUUUUUUUUUUGAUAUGAAUAAGAAAAAUAUUUUGC